CUGGAAUCCUAUAUAAACCCGGGACAGCCUCUCCUUGAUCUCCAUUCAUCCACUGCUACCUACUCAAGUCUUCUGAACUCGCAAGCAAGAACCAGCCAAAGCUUCCACAAUGGGGCCUGUGCCUCGCCGGCUGCUUGCGGGCGUCGGUGCCGUGCUGCUAGUGGCAGUACUAGCCCAUGCUGCAGAGCCCGCGAUGGCCUCCAUGGUCGUCGGCUUGGCCAAGUGCGCCGACUGCACUAGGAAGAACAUGAAAGCUGAGGCAGCAUUCAACGGCCUAAAAGUAGCUGUCAAGUGCAAGAGCGCCGACGGCGUGUUCGAGACCAAGGCCCUCGGCGAGGUUGACAAGUCCGGCGCCUUCAGGGUCCCGCUCACAGCGGACCUCCUCCGUGAGGACGGCGAGCUUAAGCAGGACUGCUUCGCGCAGCUCCACAGCGCCACCAACCAGCCAUGCCCCGGACAGGAGCCGUCCUGGAUCGUCCGGCCGUCCAGCGACCACGACGAAAAGAAGAAGACUUUCGUCGCGGUCGCCGGCAAGAUGCACUACUCAUCAAAAGAGUGCGCCUCCGCGUUCCUCUGCGACCAUUUUCACAAGAAGCACCUCUUGCACAAGAAGCCCAUCAUGAUCCCACACAUCCCCAAGAAGCCCAUCGCGAUCCCCCAUUUCCACAACAAGCCUGUGCCCGAGUACAAGCCGCCGACGCCCGUGCCGGAGUACAAGCCGCCAACGCCCGUUCCGGUGUACCACUCGCCCGUGCCCGAGUACAAGCCACCCACUCCGGAGCACUCCCACCCGACGCCGGUCUACCAUCCUCCUGCCGACCAGAAGACCCAGAACCCCGAGACGGACCCUGAGAAGUUCAAGAAGCUCCUCCCCUUGAUCAAGAAGAACCCCUUCUUCUUCCCCAAGUUCCGCAAGUUCCCUCCUGGCAAGGAGAUCAAGGCUUAGAGAGAUGGGUCAGAGCCCAAGCAUAGUUCUUUGGUCUGCAUACACUGUUACGCAAUGCUACGUGGAUGGAUCCCUACCUCUCUUUUGGUCUCUUGAGGUUGUUCGUUAGCUCUUACAGGCCUCCAGCUUAUAGAAAUAAAGCAUUUGUUCUGAGGAUGUAGGCCUGGAUGAAAUUAUCUUAAAUUAUUGGAAAAAUACAUAUAAGUUUGCAUUGCAUUCUCCUACAGUUGAUGUUUC